GGGCCUCGCCGGCACCGUCAAGUAGCCAGGGGGACCGGCCGGCGCGACUGGGAGCGGGUGGGCGGCCGAGAGGCCGGAGCCGCGCGGCCGCAGGACCUGGAGCUCCGGCUGCGUCUGCCCGCAGUGCUACCCGCCAUGCGCCUGCCGCGCCGGGCCGCGCUGGGGCUCUUGUCGCUUCUGCUGCUGCUGCUGCCCGCGCCGGAGGCCGCCAAGAAGCCGACGCCCUGCCAGCGGUGCCGGGGGCUGGUGGACAAGUUUAACCAGGGGUUGGUGGACACCGCAAAGAAGAACUUUGGCGGCGGGAACACGGCUUGGGAGGAAAAGACGCUGUCCAAGUAUGAGUCCAGCGAGAUUCGCCUGCUGGAGAUUCUGGAGGGGCUGUGCGAGAGCAGCGACUUCGAAUGCAACCAGAUGCUGGAGGCACAGGAGGAACACCUGGAGGCCUGGUGGCUGCAGCUGAAGAACGAGUAUCCUGACUUAUUCGAGUGGUUUUGUGUGAAGACGCUGAAACUGUGCUGCUCUCCAGGAACCUACGGUCCUGACUGUCUCGCGUGCCAGGGUGGGUCCCAGAGGCCCUGCAGCGGGAAUGGCCACUGCAGCGGAGACGGCAGCAGACAGGGUGACGGGUCCUGCCGGUGCCACGUGGGGUACCAGGGCCCACUGUGCACUGACUGCAUGGACGGCUACUUCAGCUCGCUCCGGAACGAGACCCACAGCGUCUGCACAGCCUGCGACGAGUCCUGCAAGACGUGCUCGGGCCCGACCAACAGAGACUGCGGCGAGUGCGAAGUGGGCUGGGUGCUGGACGAGGGCGCCUGCGCGGACGUGGACGAGUGUGCGGCCGAGACACCCCCCUGCAGCGCCGCACAGUUCUGUAAGAAUGCCAACGGCUCCUACACGUGCGAAGCACCUGUCGGUGUUUUCCACCCAGCAGCUUGUCUUGUGUCCUGUGGUUUCUCCAUCAUGUUCAUGAUUUUGGAGCAUGCCAUUGUUUCAUACGUUUAAAACAAUGUCUAUUGCUGGACGUUUACGUCAUAACAAUUUUUCAACUGUUACGAACUGUGAAUACUCUUGAAGGUAAAACUUUUCACAUUCCUUAUGAUUUUCUUUGGAUUAAUUUCCAAAUUGCUCAGUCAAGGAAAUGUGUCUUUUAGGGCCAUAGUGCCCCAGAAGAGUUGUGCCGAUCCCCAGUCCCAGCAGCAGGAAGGAGCCUCUGUGACAGCCCCGGGCAGUUUUCACUGUUGGGAGUGCAGACAGCAGGACCCUCAGUGAGCCACUACACUGGAAGCCAUGCUAGAGGCUCCCCAGCGUGUGGGGGUCCAACGCCGGCUCCCCGGCGUGGGGGGUCCCAUGCUAGAGGCUUCCCAGCGUGUGGGGGUCCAAUGCCGGCUCCCCGGCGUGUGGGGGUCCCAUGCUAGAGGCUCCGCGGCGUGUGGGGGUCCAACGCCGGCUCCCCGGCGUGUGGGGGUCCCAUGCUAGAGGCUCCCCAGCGUGUGGGGGUCCCAUGCUAGAGGCUCCCCGGUGUGUGGGGGUCCCAUGCUAGAGGCUCCCCAGCAUGUGGGGGUCCGACACCGGCUCCCCGGCGUGUGGGGGUCCGAUGCCAGCUCCCCGGCAUGUGGGGGUCCCAUGCUAGAGGCUCCCCGGCGUGUGGGGGUCC